CCUACAGCCAUUAACGAAGCCAGUUUUUAACGCUCAUUAGUGUGUUUAGCAAAACCAAUGCUCUUUCAUGAAUUGUAAUUACUCGCUUCAAAUAUUAAAAUAACUGUUUAAUCAGCAAGCCCAGAUGAUUUGGAAAUUUAAGCUUCUGUGGACUAACAGGUCUUGUUAAGGGGGGGGUACAGAGGACGCUAGACUUGAGUAUUCAGGAAUGUCGGUCCAUCACAGGAAGCAUACACGCACACACACAUGGUGUACUGGGGGCAGUUAAAGACGCCACUUAGCUUACUUGCGUAUGUUGGAUGGCACAGAAGAGACAAAAGAAAAUAUUUUUUCCCGUUUGGUAUAAAAAUGUUUCUGACUGAAUAUUACUGUUAUUUUCGCCUUUUCAUCUGUAUAUUCAAUUGUAUCUUAAUUUGAGUUCCAUUAUCAUUUAUGUCCCAUCUUGUCUGCAGUUGUUAUAUUUAGUAAUGAAUGUAACACUAAAAUAGUGAAAAUAAAAAAAGGAAAGAAACUGGAACAAGGGGGGUCAACCAGGCUAAUGAGGUGUACUGUGCUGCGGCUUGCAGGAAAAAAAAAUACGUUUACAAUGAUGAGACACAAGCACAAGUAAACAGCUUCCAUCCAUCUUCCAACCCAGAGACGGGGCUGCGGUCACUAAGCCUAACUAUGUUUUUCGGCUGCGGGAGCAAACUACCCGAAGGAAACCCGACAUCAUGGGGAGAAAACCCCCACUUUAAAACUUAAAUCAAAUUUAAUGACUUGAAUAUAAAAUAAAAUACGCAUUUAUGUAGCAAAUAGAAAUGUUUGGUCGCCUUCUGUAAAUUGACAUUUGUGUAAUCUAUGUAUAAUGUUUCAUUUAAUGAAAGCCCGGUGUAUUUGUAACCCUAACUACAUGUCCCAUAAGGCUCGCGGAAUAUAUGGGGCGUGUCCUUCGGCCAGCAGCGGGAAAAUGGAAAAUGUCUGUAUCCUGUAGUCAUUCCAAAUGUUGGGCAGACGGAAUUACAGUAAUUCGUAGAUUGAACUGAACAUUUUCAUUAUUUUCUUACAAGUUAUGCUGUGGCACGGAAAGCCAAGGGUUUGUGCAGAUCGGCUCACUAGUUUGACAGAUUGAUGGUGUCGAUGUACAUUCAUAUGGCUCCUGUAAAUAUUAAAUACGUUGUUUCAUUCACCUCUCAGGACUCGAAAAACGGCGUGGAGAAUCUGUGCGCCGUAUCAGACUCCCCGAGGCCCUGGCUGUGCAGCGCCCAGGACCGGAGCGGCGUGAUGAAGGCGGAGCUCCAGUUAGUCCGCGCUGCACUGAUUGGUUACAUUGACGUGGGUAACUGCGGCUCUGCCUUCAUUCAGAUAGACGUGGGCCGUUCCUCCUGGCCUGUGGACCAUCCAUAUGUCACGCUGCUGCCCACGGCGACACUGAUGAGCCCUGGAGAUUCUAGGCAGGGCACUGGGAGGACAGGGGUGCGGAUGUUCAAGAAAGAUGACUUCCUCCCUGCAGGGAGGGAGGCACCCUGGGACCGAGUGCGUGUGACCUGUCAGCAGCCCUUCAAUAGGCAUGCCCAGUUCGGUCUGUCUUUUCUGCACAUCCGCACCUGCCUGGCAGAAACAGAGCCCAGAGACAACGUGGAAUCGAAAACCCCAGAGCAGAUGACAUCGAAAGUGAGAGAGUGGCUGUCGAGCCCAGCAGUGCAAAGGACCUUCUUUGGACGGACAACAAGGGAGGCCGUUUCAGAAAAGGGGGCCCAGAAAUCCAGGGCGGGGCUGAGUUGGGUGGCCCGGAAGGUCGUCACGGCAGCCGCGUCCUCCAAGCACCUGCUCCCCAAGGAGCAGAGCCAGACCAGCUGCGGGGAUAAUGUGCCCAAGACCAGUGAGAAUCAUACCAGGAGACACUUGGAAAGGAAGUCAGUCACUAAAAAAAGGCCAGCUCACAGCCACGCCCCUCCCUCCACGAAGAAGGGCAGGGCUGCGGCUCGGACGGGGUCCGUCCCAGCAGGCUCCAGUGCCAGCGGAACCCUUGCCUGUCCACAGACUGAAUGUGGGGACAGCGAGUCUCCAGAGACAAUCUGCCCUUUAUGUGGAGGGUAUUUCACCAGUGAGUACCUGCCCAUGCAUGCCUCCUCGUGCCAGGGAGAGGAGGAGUGGCCAUUGACCCAGGUUACCAUGGCAACGAGCACCACCUCUUCCCCCAGCCCCUCCUUCAGUCCCCAAGUGGACCUGGUGCCCUGCCCACUAUGCUCCUUCAGGUUCCCCCCGGGCCAGAUCCAGCAGCACGCCAGCAGCUGCAGUGACCCCGACCAGCCCCAGUGGGAGUGGCUGGACUGACUUUCUGUUGUCGCCCCUGGCAAGUUCACCCCAGCGAUCUGGUGUGAGCAGUGCCGGAAGCCGAGGGGGCAGCCGUUUGGCACUGGAUGCGGAUCAUCAUGGUCUCUCCAUCCCGGAGAAAGAACUUAUUUUUCAUGGGCAUCAAAAAAAUUAACUGUUCUGUGGGCGGAUUCUCUCCAGCUGUGCAUUUAACUUUUGUCUUUUUCACUUUUACCCUUUGUGUCUUGUGCUGUAAACACAUUCUCUUUUCUCCAUUUUAUAUACAACAGUGGCUUUCAUCCAAAAUUAAUUUUCUGUCUUGAUUACCUGUAAUAUCUGUGCCAAUAAGAGCCAACAGUUUUUUCUUUUUGUCAA